AUGUCUUCCACUGCCCUCGCACUUCCCAGCUCCUGGCACAUCCCUGAACUUGAAGGGCCGUCAAACCCCCACCCCGAAAUCCCAUGUCUUUGCAAACCCAGAGACUACGACAAAAAGGGCUUCCUCGGCGAAAGCUCCCCAGAACGAGUCGCCCAGUUCUUACAGACCUGGCUCUUUUUCGGAAUGCUCCACGAGAUACUUCUAAUUUCGGGGAGGGAUGUGGACCUGAGCCUCUUUAUCCGAUACCAAGGGAUGGAUCCCGUUAUCAACACAGCACCCCUCCGCCAACAAUUUGGUGAUAUGAUCGACCGGGGAGCAGACCGAGCCAUAGCAGCACACAAAGAGCUCGAAAUGCAGAAGGUGGCGGAUAACGGAUGUCUUAUCUUGAGACAUCGCGAUGUCAAUCCUGAUACUCGGCGAAUCCCUCCUGAACGCGGCAGUAAUCACCUUAAAAAGCUCUACAGAUUCUGUGCUGAGGCGAACGGGAUCCUUUCACAAAACGAGGCCACGUACGAGACAAGCCACACUGAAGCCUGUCGGGCUCAAGGUUCUUCCGGCUGCUCCCAUAUACCCGUCGAUGUCCCGGAGGUAUGCUCCUGCGCCGAGGGGGUACACCAGUCGUCAACAUUGUACCCUAUGGUCCCCAUAACAAAGAUAUCAAGCUGGAGGUGGUCGAAUCUUCGCCAUAUGUUCCCAUAUCUCACGUGGGCACAGGGCCUUGGGAAUGCCAGGGCCAAUUCUCUCCCGCGAUGCCAGCUGUUUCACUUGAGGGCCGUGACCAAAGAGCUGGUGCUCAUCGGUGCGAAGGAAGAUUACCGGCUGGAGCAACCUCCGAUCUGGAUGGAUACCUCGUGCAUUCCCGUGCACCCAGACCUCAGAGAAGAUAGAAAGGCAACGAUUGUGGGCCUGGCAAAGACAUUCAGAGAAGCUAGCCAGGUGCUUGUUCUUGAUGCCGACAUGCAGACAUGUCCCAAAAAUGCCGGUGGACUGGAGAGAGGAACCCGUCUUCUAUUCUCGGGGUGGAUGCGAAGACUGUGGACAUAUCAGGAAGCAGUAAUUUCGGGGGAGGGCAACUACUACGGGAAACUGCAAAUUCAAUACUCCAAUGGAGCCCUUCCCUUUCACUUGUUGGGAGCGAAACAGGGCUUCUUAAGUCUCUGUCAUACGCAGAAAGCGAUCAGCAAGCUGUAUAAUUCUCUGCCGCUGAUGGGCGAUAAUGCAGCCAUGUUCAAAAUAGUUGUUCGUGCACUCCGGUACCGAUCAAGGAGUAGGGUGGAAGACGAGUCGAUAUGUCUUGCAUCAGUGUUUGGCUACGAUCUCAAGGAGUUGUCGCAGACAAAAUGCCCUAAUCGUAGAAUGGCGUUGUUCUACUCGUACAUCUCCGAGCUCCCUACGGAUCUUCUCUUCCUUGAUAAGGAAAAUCUAGAGAUCGACGGCUAUAGAUGGGCUCCCAAGUCGUCCUUAAAGCAAGCCAGAACCUUAAAUUCCCUAGGAUUGUACCACCAGGAUGUCGGAACUCGAGAUGCUAACGGAAUUUUUAUGAUGUUUCCCGGCUUCCGGAUAACAGAGGUCACACUCCCUGCUAUUCUUGGGACUCACUUCUACAUCAAGCGAUCUCACGAAUCACUGCCAGAGGGUGAGCUACUGUGCCCAGUUCCGACUAUCACUCUCAAUACUCCACCACAGGAAUUUAAGGCAUACCAAGACAAGAUCAUCGCAUUUGACAAAUUGGUCCACGAAACUGAGCGACUAGCGGUUAUUCAGAAACCCCCAAGGCUUAAUUUCAGUGUUCUUGUGGCCAUUCUUCGACAGGAAAAUGAUGUAAUAUAUUGUAGAUAUCUGGCCCUAGUCGACUUUAGGGCCAUGUCUGAAAUACCAGCUGCUAGGGGCGAAGUAAUCGUACAGCAUCUUGCAGCGGGACAGCGUUGGUGUGUCGGUUAG